AUGGAGGUGGUGUCAGCUGAGGUGAACAGCUUACUUCCAGAGGAGAUCAUGGACACUGGUAUAACUUUAGUGGAAGAUGAUAGUAUUGAGGCUGUUAUUGUUUCAUCCCCAAUGGGAGAUUCAAUUCCCAUGGAAACAGACCUGCAAGAAAUUGUCAGCAUAAAUUCAUCUAGUGAUUCUGCAAGCACAGCCAUGUCUAUUACCACAGAACCAGUCACAGUGUCUAGUAACCACACUAACAAAGUUGUUGGGAAUACUUUAGUUGCAAAAACGGAUUUGAAUACUGUAAAAACAGCCUUUCCAAGUGGCCUUCAAAAACUUGGUGCCCAGACACCUGUGACUAUAUCAGCCAAUCAGAUUAUUUUAAACAGAGGAUCUCAGACAUCUGAUCUUAAACUUGGCAAUCAAACAAUUAAACCAGAUGGACAGAAGUUAAUUGUAACAACUUUGGGCAAGUCAGGCCCACCAAUUGUUUUAGCACUACCCAAUAACCAGCUGCCCCAGACUCAGAAAGCCACAUCUCAGACACAGUCUGGAGACUCUAAAGUGCAAUCUCAGCAAAUUAAAGUAGUUACUAUUGGAGGAAGGCCAGAGGUGAAACCUGUCAUUGGUGUUUCAGCACUGACACCUGGAAGUCAACUGAUUAAUCCUACAGCUCAGCCUUCUGUGUUGCAGACUCAACAACUAAAAACAGUGCAGAUUGCUAAGAAGAUGAGAACACCAACUUCUGGUCCAGUGAUCACCAAGUUAAUCUUUGCAAAACCAAUUAAUAGUAAAGCAGUUACAGGACAGACAACUCAAGUAUCACCAGUCAUUGCAGGGAGGGUUCUAUCGCAGUCUACCCCUGGGACUCCCCCAAAGACCAUAACAAUAUCUGAAAGUGGGGUUAUUGGAUCAACUCUCAAUUCUACAACACAGACACCAAACAAAAUAGCCAUCUCUCCUCUGAAAUCUCCCAAUAAGGCAGUGAAGUCAGCUUUGCAGACCAUCACUGUUGGAGGAGUGAGUACAUCUCAGUUUAAGACUAUUAUUCCUCUGGCAACUGCCCCUAACGUUCAGCAGAUACAAGUGCCUGGAAGCAAGUUUCAUUAUGUUCGACUUGUUACAGCUACAACGACAGCUACCACCAGUAGUUCAGCCCAGCCAACUAGUCAGAACCCCAGUGCAAACACUCAGCCUCUUCAGCAAGCAAAACCAGUAGUGGUCAAUGCAGCCCCUGUUCGGAUGUCAGUUCCAAUUGUUCCAGCACAAACUGUCAAGCAAGUUGUUCCCAAACCAAUCAGUACAGGCUCACAAAUAGUUACAACUAGCCAGCCCCAACAACGGCUCAUUAUGCCAGCCACUCCACUGCCACAAAUCCAGCCGAACCUCACUAACCUCCCCCCAGGAACUGUUCUUGCACCAGCUCCUGGGACAGGCAAUGUGGGCUAUGCAGUCCUUCCAGCUCAGUAUGUCACUCAGCUACAGCAGUCUUCAUAUGUGUCAAUAGCAAGCAACACUAGUUUUACUGGGACAUCUAGUAUACAGAGCCAGGCAAGACUGCCAUUCAAUGGGAUAAUCUCAUCAGAAUCUGCAAACCGGCCCAGAAAGCCCUGCAAUUGUACAAAGUCACUCUGUUUGAAAUUAUACUGUGAUUGCUUUGCAAAUGGUGAGUUCUGCAACAACUGCAAUUGCAAUAAUUGUUUUAAUAACUUGGAGCAUGAAAAUGAAAGGCAAAAAGCAAUAAAGGCAUGUCUUGACAGAAAUCCUGAAGCAUUUAAGCCCAAGAUAGGGAAAGGAAAGGAAGGAGAAUCUGAUCGCCGUCAUAGCAAGGGCUGUAACUGUAAACGGUCAGGAUGUCUUAAAAAUUACUGUGAAUGUUAUGAGGCGAAAAUAAUGUGCUCCUCAAUAUGCAAAUGCAUUGGAUGUAAGAAUUUUGAAGAGAGCCCUGAACGAAAGACAUUGAUGCACUUGGCAGAUGCAGCUGAAGUCAGAGUACAACAGCAGACAGCAGCAAAGACUAAGCUGUCCUCUCAGAUUUCUGACCUCUUAACAAGACCAGCACCUGCCUUAACUAGCGGAGGGGGAAAAUUACCAUUUACAUUUGUGACCAAGGAAGUCGCAGAAGCAACAUGUAACUGUCUUCUUGCCCAGGCUGAGCAGGCAGACAAGAAGGGAAAGUCAAAAGCAGCAGCUGAGCGGAUGAUCCUGGAGGAGUUUGGACGAUGCUUAAUGAGAGUCAUCAACUCUGCAGGAAAGGCCAAGAGUGACUCUUGUGCCAUGAAUUGCUAACUAUUGCACAAAGACUGAAAAAUGAACAGUGAGGAACACUUAAGGCAAAGGGAUGCUGGCUUUUUCAGGAGAGAACAUUGUGAAUUCAGUGCUCAUUUUAAAA